UUGUGUGGUGUCACUUUGUCUUAUGAUCUGUACUGCUGAACCUGAGCCAGUGACUAGAGAGGACUUCUUAAAGUAUUCCUGUGACUUCACUCUGGAUCCAAACACAGCAUACAGACAACUCCAUCUAUCUGAGGGGAACAGGAGGGUGGAGAGGAGACUUAAGGUCCAGUCAUAUCCUGAUCAUCCAGACAGAUUUGAUUGGUAUGAGCAGGUGCUGUGUAGAGAGGGUGUGUCUGCACGCUGCUACUGGGAGGUUGAGUGGAAUAAUGGGGGUGUUGAAAUAGCCGUGGCAUAUAAAAGCAUCGGCAGGAAAGGACGGGGUAAUGCACAUUCCAAGUGCGAGUUUGGACGUAAUGAUCAGUCCUGGGGCCUCAUGUACAAAGAAGUCUCCAGCUCCUCCUUCUGGCACAAUGCUGAAGAGACUGAACUCCCUCUAGUGGCCAGCUCCAGAAUAGGAGUGUAUGUGGAUCACAGGGCAGGAACUCUGGCCUUCUACAGCAUCAGGGGAGACACAAUGACCCUCCUGCACAGAGUCAACACCACAUUCACACACACACUCUACCCUGGGUUUUAUGUACAUGCUGGAUCCUCAGUGCAGCUGUUGUUAGGCUCCUAA